AUGGACGACAAAGAAACCUCAUCGUUGGAGCAUUAUGUCGUGAGUGAGAUAGGCUUCAGUCAAGAUGACGAAAACUCAUAUCUUGAGGUUCGUCGUUACAACAAACGCUUCUAUAUCCACAUAAAACCCGAAAAUCUGGAGGGAUCCGCCAGAAUCACAGAAGAAUAUCUGCGCUUCAUCAAUGCAGAAAGGAGAGAGAACUUCCCAGGCAAAGAUGAGGAAGUUGAGGAAACUCCAGUUUUCGUUGACGAAGAUUUCUACGAUUGGGCUCUGAAAUGCUGUUCCCCUUUAUUCCAAAAGCUUGCUCCGGCACCAGAACCCGAACUACAGAAAAUGAGUCUCAGCGAAUACUACAAUGCCGAGACUUCUCAUUACGACCUUCAUGCCAUUAAUGAAACUCUGACUCCGAUAAUAAAACUCAAAGUCCCAGGCUUCUCUUCACCUGGCGCAGAAGUCAAUCGAUCCACUCUCCACACCAGUUGGCCCGUAUAUCGUCCUGAGGAGGUUCUAUUGAACAUCAAAAAUGCAUCUCAAGCUUUAAGUCCUUCACCAAGUGUUGCGAUUAUUGAAGACGAACUACAGCGAGUUAUGGGCAUUUUGCUCACAUAUAUCGACUGCGAGUUUACAACUCUGUCGUGUGCUGCGCACGCCAAUACGCCGAAUUGUCUCAAACAAAAAUGGGCUGAUCAGCUCACGGAAACAUUGGCACUUCUCCAUCAAGCUGGCAUCGUUUGGGGUGACGCAAAGCCAGACAACGUAUUGAUUGCACGUAGUGGCACGUAG